AUGGCUCAACUCAUAGAGACAGUGGCUCUCUUUGUGUUGCUUCUGGCUUCAGCCGGUCUCACUUUGGCUUUUACUCGAUUUCCCUGUUACACCACCAUCUGCUCUGAAGACUACUUCCUCUACGAAGUAACCAUCCACCUUAUCGUCUACUAUGUAAUGCUCACGGUCCUAAGCUUGAUAUUGUUUCUCCGAACUCGCGUUACAGCGAUCCAGUCCCUGAUGGGAGCCCAUAUUCCAGGAAUGCUGUCGGUCGUGGGAAGGACGGUGACUCUUGGGAAUAUUCUCACUUUGACCUGGAUCGUGGGCAUUACAGCUACCAUGACUGCAUUGUGGCUGCCCAAACAACUGAAAUAUUGGGGAGCACGCACUGAUCCCUUCGGCUGGGCUUCCACCAAGAUACAACUAGCGGCUACCGGUGUCGCUGGUCAUUAUGCAGAUAUUCUUCUCGGGCUCCUACUUCUACCUACUUCUCGAAACAGCUUGAUCGGUCGAGCAUUCUCUAUUCAUCAGAGCACCCUGCUCUUCGCACAUAAGAUAAUCGCCUAUCUCUUCAUUAUCGCAUCGGUUGCACACGGAGGAGUGUUCUUGACAUACGAAAGUAGCGAGCGGGACAAGAAGAAAGAAGAAGCAUUUGCUGAUGGCAACCCAUUCCUGACCCUGUCCGAGUCAGAAACUAGAGGCUCCUGGUUUACAAAGACAUUGUAUACGGGUGCUAUCACACUAGUGAUGUUGGUCGUUAUACUCUUGACCUCCAUUCCCUGGGUUCGCCGGAACCAUUACAACGUCUUUUACUACAACCAUGUCCUAUUCGGCAUCUUGACAAUGGCGGGCGCUUCGUUGCAUGCAAGUACGAACUUCUACCUCAUACUUCCGGGUCUCACACUCUAUGUUUUCGAUCGUAUCCACCGGCAAUGGCGCCAGAGGAUCUAUAAAAGCACGGUAGCUACGGUCGAAAAUGCUGGAAACGACUGGGUCCGCAUCUCUCUCUUGGGCAGUGACCGAGAUGACUUGCCACUCGUGGAGAAAUCCAUAAGUAGAAGCAACCCACUGGAUUACUACUACCUCAACUUUCCCGAUGUGAGCUUGUACCAAAACCAUCCUUUCACGGCUGUCGCACCGGCGACAUCGGAGAACAGAGCAAAGUUUCUUUUCCAACCUUCCAGUGGAAAGUCUCAGCAGAAGUCGAUGAAGGAGUGGACAUGGAAUCUCAGCGGCUAUGUGCCGCGUCACAGAAGCUCUGCUACGCUAGACGUACAGGUACAGGGUCCAUAUCGUGUCAAUGACGAUGGAUACAAAACUGCUUCUCAUAUCAUGUGUAUCGUUGGAGGAACAGGAAUUACUGGCGCUUGCAGCCUCGUUCAUUGGUGGCUGAGCAACGGCAUGCAAGAUACAUUCAUGACGGUCGUGUGGACAGUCCGGGAGCGAAGAACAGCAGAUGUGCAGGAAUGGCUCGACCUACAAUCUGCUAGCAGAUCCGAUCGAAAUCUCACGUUGAUACUGCAUGUCAGUUCGGAGACCGGUAGACUGGAGCCAGAGUCGGUCCUGCAGCGUCAUCUGAUGGUUGAAGAAACGCGAUCUACUGGACCUGAUUGCGCUUGGAUUUAUGCAUCUGGUCCGGAUGGUUUGCUCAGAGCAACUGAGGCGGCAUGCGUAAACGUCAAAAAGCACUCAGACAACGCCGAGAGAGCCAAUGUCUCCUGGUAUAUUGCUAGAUGGGAAGUUUAGAUAGUUUUCUCCUUUUUUCUUCGUUCACUAGAUCUCCGCUUAUCUCAUUACAGUAACUUCCCAAUUCUUAUGUACAGUUCUAUAUAUUAAAAAAUACAAAAAAUAAGCGCAAUUCACCUUCCGAAGUGGGACGUGAUUUGUGUGACAAAUCUAUUCGUAUCAUACAUUUCCACUUAGCCAGUAUCAUCAUACCUGGUUUUGCGUUUUCUAUAGACAAAUCGCAUAGAGCUUUCUCGACUAUGAUUGGGAUAGCAAUAUGGGGUUAUCAACCUUGC